AUACUGUUUGUAGUACUUGCGUAUAGUAGGGGCCGUGUGAUAGUAAAAGCUGUUGGAAAGUGCAUUCAUACAGGAAAUCGUCGCCGUAAAAACUUAUCUCACGUUCCAUUAAAAUUAAAACGUUAUGAGCUAUCGGCAGUGUUAGUAGUACGAUUUUGAUGUUUGAAGCCAUUUUCAAGGAGUUCUCAAUUUCGUUGUAUUUACGUGUCAGUGGGAGAUAAUGCUUAAUUUUGUGUUAAAAUGACUGUAUCAAAGGUUCAUGGACCUGGUAUUUACAUAUUCAUACCUAAACGUGUGUAUGUGCAGACACCACUUGUGUAGAAGUAAGAAAAGCCACUGAAGAGCGCAAAAUGAUGUUGAAUUGCGUACCAAUACCGGCUUGCUAAGCGACCCGACCAGGCGAUGGUAAGGACACCACGGCAGACAUGGAUGGCGUGAAGAAAAUACACUCGGGAACAUUGUACCGUAACGGACCGGUGGAAGGCGCGUAUGGUCCACAACACAGCCCCGUGUCGCGGUCGGACGCCUCGACCGAGGACGCGGAGCUCUCUGCUGCGCUUGCGCAUCAACACCAUCUCGCUAUGCAGGCCGGAGAAUAUCCAGUGGGCGGAGGCGUGGAGGCGGAGUACAGCCAGUACGUGUCGUCGCCGGCGGCCCACUACAAUCAUAUGGGACACCUUACAAUGGCGCCUUCGCAGAAGUACCCUCAUGUGAUGGAAGCGGUGUCUGUGGGCGGCGGGUACGCGGGCGCGGGCGGCGCGCACUACGGCACGUACGCGCACUACGGCGCCGCAUAUCCGGCGCAGCCGUACCUCGUCGAUACGCAGAUGCCGCCGUAUAUGACGCAGGAAUAUGUCGAAGGCGGCGGUAGCGCAUCGCCCCGCAGCGCGUCGCCUGGGGCCCUCCCACCUCAACACAAUUUACAUCUACAACAAAGAUACGACUCGUCAUCCCUCGAGCAACUGGGGCGGCACUACUGCGUGACGUCACCGCGCGGCGAGUACGCGGCGGACGCGUACUCGUACCAGCACUACCCGCCCGCCAUCGACCCGCACCACCCGCACCCCGCGCAGCCCUUCAAGGAUUCCCAAAAUGGCCUGAGUUUAGGUAGUACCGGGGGUCAAUCUAUGUACGGCGAUGAGGAAGAACUGCAGAAACAAAUGGCGGGGAUGGCGUUAGUCCACGGUGGUGUAGGCGUGGGCGUGGGGCGGGAGGAGGGCGGAGGCCUACAGUGGCGCGACCCUAACCUGCCCGAGGUGAUCGGCUUCCUGAACUCGCCGUCCGACGUCGUGAAGGCCAACGCGGCGGCCUACCUGCAGCACCUCACAUACAUGGACGACCCGAACAAGCAGAAGACUAGGAGCUUGGGCGGCAUACCGCCGCUAGUGCGUCUAGUGUCCCACGAGAACCCGGAGGUAUCGCGUAACGCAUGCGGUGCGUUACGCAACCUCUCGUACGGGCGUCAGAACGACGAGAACAAGCGGGCGAUACGCGACGCCGGCGGGAUACCGUCGCUGAUGGCGCUGCUCUGCCGCACUUCGGAUAUGGAGGUUAAAGAAUUAGUAACGGGAGUGAUAUGGAACAUGUCAUCGUGCGAAGACCUCAAGCAGUCGAUCAUAGACGACGCGGCGCAAGUAAUCGUCAACAAAGUGAUCAUACCGCACUCUGGAUGGCAUCCCACUAACCCGGGGGAUACGUAUUGGUCUACGGUGUUCCGCAACGCAUCGGGCGUGUUGCGUAACGCGUCGUCGGCGGGCGAGUACGCGCGGCGGCGGCUGCGGUCGCUGGGCGGGCUGGCGGAGGCGCUGCUGCACGCGGUGCGCGCCGCGCUCAGCGCCAACGCGAUCGGCACCAAGAUCGUCGAGAACUGCGUGUGCGUGCUGCGCAACCUGUCCUACCGGUGUCAAGAGAUAGAAGACCCACUGUACGACACGAGAGCGCCGCCCACACAGUCCACGGGACAGGCGCGGAUACAGGCGAGCGCUUCCAAAGGCGAGAAUCUAGGCUGUUUCGGCGGCAGUAAGAAGAAGAAAGAGGGCUCCUCGUCCAACUCUACGAGUCCACUCGGCAAAAAUGAUUCGGAUACACAGCCUAUGGAAACGGGGACUAAUUCACAGUUGGGGUAUAGUGUACCGAAGGGAACUGAAAUGCUGUGGUCGCCUGAGGUGGUACCUUUAUACAUGGCGUUGUUACAAACUUGUUCGAACCCGGAGACCCUAGAAGCGGCGGCCGGCGCGUUACAGAACUUGGCGGCUUGUUAUUGGCAACCCUCUAUUGAUAUACGGGCAGCUGUUAGGAAAGAGAAAGGUCUACCGAUCCUCGUGGAACUGCUCCGCAUGGAAGUAGACCGCGUGGUGUGCGCGGUGGCGACUGCAUUACGCAACCUCGCCAUCGACCAGCGGAACAAGGAGCUCAUCGGCAAGUACGCGAUGCGCGAUCUCGUGCAGAAGCUGCCGAGCGGCAACCAGCAGCACGAUCAGGGCACGUCGGACGACACGAUAGCGGCGGUGCUGGCCACGCUGAACGAGGUGAUCAAGAAGAGCGCGGAGUUCUCGCGCUCGCUGCUGGAGGCGGGCGGCGUGGAGCGGCUGCUGGCGCUCACCAAGCAGCGCCACCGCCACACGCCGCGCGUGCUCAAGUUCGCCGGUCAAGUGCUGAUGACGAUGUGGUCGCACGCGGAGCUGCGUGAAGUGUACCGCAAGCACGGGUGGCGCGAGCCGGACUUUCUGACGCCAGCACGGGCCGCACAGCCAGCACGGUCUUCUAGUGCUAGCGGUCAGGGCACGCCGUCGUCGAACACGAGUGGCGCACCGCACUCGCCGAGCAACGCGAACAGCACGCUCAGCCGGCCCAUGGCCUCUACGGGCGGCACGCGCUACGAGGACCGCACCAUACGCAGGCAUCGAGAGAACGAUGACAUGCCAACAAUGGACGUGAACAACUACUCGGAAGGGCUCGGCAUGGGCAAUCCCAACGGGCGGCCAAUGAACUUACAAGGUGUGCAAGCGCAGAUGCCACCUCCAAACACACGUUGAAUUGCUCCGUGUCACAUUUUUUUGUUGAUUAUCUCUUCACAAUGCAAGGAAAAUGGAUGGCAACAACUCGGAAGAUUUUCAGUGACGCUCUGUUUGCUCGCGUAUUCGUAACGUGCUGUUCUUAUUCUGUGACAUUCGUCCUAACUCGACUCUGACCUAGCAAUUAACAAUUGCUGAAAUCCGGAUUCGUUUUCGAUACACAGCGGUUCCAUUUUCACGAUCACGUGGUUGUUUUGUUCCCUCAAUACACCAAUUACGAUAAAUUUAACAAAUAAUCGAUAAGUAAUUCAUGAAAACUUUUGAUAUUUAAAUAAUUUACGAAUUAGGAUUGUUACAGUAAUCUAUGCAUUUAUAUUCGCGAUUAAAUUCGUGUUAAUGUAAGAUAAAUAUGAUAUAAUCAUUAAAAUAUAAUGAAUUACCAUUUACAGUGCUAAUAUUUAAUGAUGACAAAUUGUUUAUAUGGAUUUUAUUUAUAACAAUGACACACUCUAGAUAAGUAAAAAUACGGCAGUUUUUAAGGUAUUUAAAUCACUCGAUCAUUAGUCGGUUAUAAUUUGUUUUUAUAAUGUGAUCAUGUCAAUUCCCCCUGUAAUAUAUUCGUGCCAUUAUUGAUGUUUGAAAAGGGUUUCGUAGGCGUUGUCUGAUUGUGAAUAAAUCAUUUUAUUAAUUUACUAUGUUCAUUAUUAACUCCUCUUGAGUUCUGUCGCGAGUUUUUAUUUCUAUUCAAUAAACAAUACAUUGAGUAGUGUGUAUCCUGUGACUCAAAGUUUUUUUACAUGUAUGGAUACGCAGACCUAUCAGUUUUAAAGCAUUUUUUCAAUCAGCUUGCUAGACGCAGCUAGGAACAUAAAUUGUCAACUUAAGCUACUAAAACAUGAUAGUAAUAACUGUGAAAAGUAUAUUAAUACACUUGGAAAAAGGGAUAUGAAUUGGAAAAUCGCAAAAUACAUAUUGAUUCAAGAGAUCCGACUCGAAGGACCAGAACCGUAGUUGAUGUAUAUGUACCUACCCAAUUUUUUUCAAGUGAAUGAAUAUAUUUUAACAAGAGACAGCGUCAUAGUGGAAUACUGUUAUGAUAAAACCAUAAUAAUACAGUUUUAAAUUAAGCAAUGUUUGUAAUUAAAGUGAGAGUCUUACGAAAGUACUAAACGGUUUUUAUAUAACAUUUUGUAUCCAUUCCAUAAACACGUACGUGUUUGUCCCGGAGUUAAUGAUAUUUGUAAGUUUAAUAAUAUGUCGGAAUUGCUUUAGUUUGUCGAUUUUUUUGCCCCAGAGUUUUGCCAUUUGUUCACAGUAAAGAAUAACAAAAAAAAAAAAAACAUGCAAAAGAUUUUUGGUCCUUUAAAAGAUUGUGAUGAUACAGAACUUAGCGGGAUGCUGAUUUUUUGGUCAUCGAUAAAUAAGUCUGACUUUAAGUAGGAAAAAAUAGAGGCAAAUAUUUCAUCUUAAUGAGACGAUUACAUUUUUACCGCAUGAUCUUAUUAUUUAAGAUCUCCGCGCAACGUGCAACUUAAAUUAAUUUUCCCUCCGUCUUUUAGAUUAUUAGUGAUAAAUUAUUUAUUUUUUUAUUAACAAAUUAUAAUUUGUUAUAUUUGAUUUCGAGGUACGUUAGUUGUGAGUAAUGUAACGUUUGAUAUUAGGUAAUAUUAGUUGGCUAAAUACAUUGGUCACACAUUUUGAAGCUAUUGUAUGCACAAGUAUAGAGCAUUUAGAUGUCCGCGUCGCUUCGACUGACCUGGUACAAAACUACCCUCAUCCAGUGCAUUAUAAUUUAAGUAAAUAACUUUUUAUGAUAAUUUUAUUGUAAACGAAUACAAACGAUUGUAGGUACAACAGUUGAAUGCUUGCCAGGGCGACGUCGCUUCUAUGAAGCGCUUAUAAAUUCCACAUAUUAUAUUUUUAUUUGCGUAGAAGUAAGAGAAGUUUAUUUAAUCAUUUAUUAUCUAUUUAUGGUUUCCAGUUGUGAGAGUUUUAGAUAAAUUUAGACGUUAGAGUAUUGUUUUUUAUUGUAUUUUUAUCGAUAAAUAAUGUAAUGUGAAUUUAUGUACCACAGUCGUGUAAGUCCUGUAUAGAUUACUUUUUUACUAUGUACAUUUAUUCCUGUCUCUCUUCCGAUAUAGGCUGAGUGAUAAUGGGCUUCAUUGCAUUCCAUGAACGCAAGUCUCAAUGCCUCAAUAUCGUUUGGGUAUUGAAGACAAACCUACACACAUAACUAAUAAUGUUAUAUAUGAAGCCCAUUUUCGCUGAAUUAUACAGAUCUCUUUUAAAAUUUAAUCUAAUCUACGACUUGGUAUCACGGUAUUAUUGGGAAUGUAACUUAGAGUUACGUAACGUUUUAUAUUAUAUCGGUGUCUAUGGUAUGUGAUAACCAUAGAUAUGGAGUUGUUGCAACAGUAAUACUCGAUUAUUUAUAUUUUAUUUAACUAAAAGAUUAUGGAAAUUAUUUAACAAAUGUAUUCUUCAUUUGUCGUUGCGACAUCGUAGUUGUAAUAAAAUACAUAGUUAUGUCUUACGUCAUGUUGUAUGUAGUUUAUUAGAGAAUAUUCUUCGUGCGUAAAUAAAUUAUAUUAUAUCUGUACUUCACAAAAAAUAAAAGAAUGAUUUUUUAUUA